AUGUCUCAACCGACACAUACAGAAGACGCCGAGAUGUCCAGCAGCAACGUCGUCAACCAAGUAGCCGAGCACCUCCAGCACACCAACCUGAACAGCAAGGAAGCGAGUGCAUGGAUCUAUUUCCCACAGGGCACAACGCUAGACGAGCAACUGCUCAUCCUCGCCGGCGUCGAAGACUGGAAGCUACAAGGCACACAGCCGGGCGCACAAUUCAACGAAGCAGACAUAUCCAGCGAGAACGCGUUAGCGACGAGGAAGCAGGACAUGAUGACGGGUGAGGGAAACAAGGAACAAGUUGACUUCGCCCACCAAGAAGCCAUGGACAAGCAUCACACCAUGCUGGCUUCCAACUCCGCACACGUGCCUGCAGUCUCACGCUCAACCGCCCGAACGGAAGUACGACAGGAAGAUGUCGACGAGUAUCUGGCUAUGCUGACUGAGCGCUCUUUCCGCGUCUCCACGUCUUCGCCCUCAACCCAUUUCCCGGCACUCUAG